ACCGGAAAUGCUUACUAUUAGUUAGCUGGAGAGUGUUUUUUAUGAAUUGAAGUGAGGCACAAAUCAAACAAAUUCAACAAUAUAGACUGAUUGAAAAUGGCCGGAACGGCUUCAGUAGCUGGUGAAGUGUUCGUCGAUGCUCUGCCGUACUUUGACCAAGGUUACGAUGCAGCAGGUGUCCGGGAAGCGGCUGCAGCGUUGGUGGAGGAGGAGACCAGAAGAUACCGACCUACCAAGAACUACCUGAGCUACUUGCCGACACCGGACUUCUCUGCUUUUGAGACGGAAAUUAUGAAGAAUGAAUUUGAGCGGCUGGCGGCUCGGCAGCCUAUGGAUCUCCUGAGCAUGAAGAGAUAUGAGCUGCCAGCACCCUCAUCAGGACAGAAGAAUGACAUCACAGCAUGGCAGGAGUGUGUGAACAACUCGAUGGCUCAGCUAGAGCACCAGGCGGUCCGAAUUGAGAACCUGGAGCUCAUGUCGCAGUAUGGAACCAACGCAUGGAAAGUCUACAACGAUAACCUUGCCUUCAUGAUUGAGAUGGCUCAAAAGGAACUUCAGAAAUUCAGGAAGCAAAUUCAAGAUUUAAACUGGCAGCGUAAGAAUGAUCAGUUAGCAGGAGGAGGCAAACUGCGAGAGCUGGAGUCAAACUGGGUGUCUCUGGUCAGUAAGAACUACGAGAUCGAGCGAGCCAUCGUCCAGCUGGAGAACGAAAUAACUCAGCUCAGACAACAGCAGGGGGACGAGAAUAAGGAGAACAUCCGACAGGACUUCUAAAGCAGCAGCAGCGUACACCUUUUGUAGCACUGAUGUUCGCUUAAUGGUCCCUCAUUUGGAAUGAUGUCAUCUUGUCUUCGUAGUUGACUGCACUGAGAAGCAACCUGAGGGAGGACAGUUACCUGUAUGGAGGAGAUUUGAAACCGCCGUGUUCAGCUGUAUCGUUAAAUCACUGACAUUCAGGAGUGGUCCAGAAACCUCAAUGACAACACACAUUUUUGUCUCUUCUUCUUUGCUGAUAUCCCAUAUGCUAAUAUAUAACAUUAUUUGGCCGAGAACCAACACUAAUUUAUAUUUAUAUAUAUAUAUAUAUAUAUAUAUAAUUUUAGUGAUCAUCAAGUCCCUUCUGUAGUGGAAUUAACAUCAUAUUAUGCAUGCAUACUGUUAUCAUGAUGGCCCACCAGCAGAUGGAGACAUGGAGCACAAUGUUUUUCAAUGUAUGUAAUAUUCAUUCAUUCACUGUGCAAAGAAAGCAUGUUGGUCAAUUCUGAUAGUUCAUUGUAAAGCCGAUAUUGGCCGAUAACGAUGAUGUUGGCUGAUUCCAGUAGUUCAUUUUAGACAAAUGUUGACAUAUACAGAUAAUGUGCCGAUAUUAUUUUGCAUCCCCACAAGAAAGUUUCAGUCAACACAGUGCAAGAAACUGUUAUGCUCUGUUAUUUGCUAGACGACGUAUGGUUUGCACCACAUAGAAGACAUUCAUCUUCUUACAAACUUAAAGUUGAAUACACAAGGAGUAAAUCAUAUCUUUGCUUGACUAGUAGCAAACUUUUGAUAUUGUUCUUGUACCUGACAUUACGAAGUCUAUUCUCUUUGUGGUAUUGUCAAAGUGUUGUUUAACAUCAUUCCAGAAAUGCCACAAGUGACAUUAUUCAGCAAGCGUUAUCUGAUCUCGCUACAAAGAGUAUUUUAUACCAGCAUUGUAGGUUUCAGUCCUCAAAACUAUCUACCUACACAGGUGUGUUUAGAAUUAAGUGUACAUAGUUUUUCAAGUCUGUCAGUUCUCUCUGUGAGCCCCGCCUUGGCUUCCAUUCAUGUCAUUUUUAUGCUGUUUUAAUAAAAUAAACAUUUCUUAUAUUUCCUA